AUGAUGGAUGAAGCAGGAUUUAUCAUAAACAAGUGCGGAAGACUUCCUAAAUUAAUAGUUGCUUUAGGCAACUACUUCAACAAAGCACCAAACAUCAUACAGGAGAUGCGCCUGAAUGCUAACUUUAUGUAUGAGUUGAAGACCAGCAAAGGGCUUGACAGCUUUAGGGAUGUAUUCACUACGAUGCAUUCAAGCUUUCAAGCUUGUCCUCAAGUCCUCAAGAAAUGCAUCUUCUAUCUGCCACUUUUUACUCAAAGCAGCAUAAUUCGGCGGAGCCGUUUGGUGAGGCGGUGGAUCGCGGAGGGCUAUUGUGAGGGCCUUGACAGCAACAGAAAGGUGGAAUUCAUGGAGAAGGUCUUAGGCAACCUUGGCGCCCUUGGUAUGAUAGAUAAGCCCGCACAAACUCCUGCCGUGGCCAGUAACAUGAGCGGGACUUCUUUCCAAGUCAACUUUUUGUUCCUCGACUACAUCAUCUCACAGGAAACAAAAGAGAACAUUUUCCUUCCACUUGAAAUCACUGUACUGCAGGGAGAAAGCAGUCUGAACGUACAACGUGCAGGACAGCACUUGGCCAUUGGGAGCAGCUGGAAGAGAGACAAGUUUGUGCUCGACAGCUUGGACUUCUCACGGCUACGGUCUUUGACAGUUUCUAGAGAGUGGAGGCAGUUCUUCAUAUCUCACAGAAUGAGAGUGCUUCGUGUGCUCGAUCUGGAGGAAACAAACGUGAAGAAUGAUGACGUUGAACAGAUCGUGGCGCAUCUACUUUGCCUCAAGUUCCUCUCCAUUAGAAGAUGUGCAAAGGUUUCUUGUCUCCCAGAUUCCUUGGGUGGCCUGAAUCAGCUCCAGACUCUGGAUAUCAGACACACCUAUGUUGCCAAGCUUCCAGUCAGCAUCAGCAGGCUGCGGAUGCUGCAGUAUGUUCGUGCUGGUACCAGUGUGGCGCUGAUGGAUGAGGAGCCAUCAACAACAAAGAGGGGUAGGUAUGGACAUGUUGUUGCUUGUGAUGGCGUUAAGGUGCCCACAAAGACGGCAGCACUCAUAUCCUUGCACACGCUGGGUGUUAUCAACGUCAGCGACACAGGUGAUAAGGACAUUCAGCAGUUAUUCAGGAACCUAACUCAACUUCGCAAGCUUGGGGUGUCUGGCGUCAAUAGGAGAAAAAUCAAGGGGUUCUUUUCUGCUAUUGAGGGCCACGUCCACUUGGAGUCACUGUCACUGCAGCUCCACAUGGACAAGGAUUUGGAAUGGUUGCUUAAAAUUACCACUCCAAGGAAUCUACAGCGCCUUAAGAUGAAGGUACAUGUAGAGAAGUUGGAACACUGGAGCUGCCUACGGGUCCUUGGGCAGAUAAGGAGGCUGCAGACUCUACGCCUUCAUUUCAAAAUAGACCAAGAUGUUGAGCUCCAAUUUUGUGACCAAACGGAUGGUGCGGCAUGGUCUACACCCAUCCAAUUCUGUGAACUCAAGGUCCUCGAGAUUGCUUGCAGCUCCAACUUACAUGUGAAGUUUGAUGAUAGGGAGAUGAAAGAGCUAGAACUGCUGCAGGUUCGCUGUUUCGAUGGGUCCUCAUUGAACUUUUCUGGGCUAGAACACACUACUGCACUCAAGCAUGUCAGUCUCAAGGGAUCCUUUGACGACACAGUCAAGGAAGAAUUGCGGCAGACAGUUGCCCAGCAUCCCUACAGGCCUACUUUGAAGCUUGUGGAACCACGUUCAUCCUGA